GUAAAAGUCACGUGACGACCGCGAUGGUCGAAUAUGAUUAGCGACCACAUAUGCGUGGGAUACAUAUUAAGCAGUAUAAAUUAACUUGCAGACCAAAACCUGGUAUCAGCAAAAUCGACAAAUUUUAAAGGGAUUUUUUUAAUUAAAGAUUGAACUGAACGUAACAAUGUUUAGAAUACAGAUAUGUGUGCUUUUAGUGUCAUUUAUUGCAGCAUUCGAUUUGAAAUUUGAUUACCAGGUUAGUGAAGGGAGGGCCAGAUUUGUUGAAAAUAUAGAAACCAAUCUAGGAAAGAAUAUAGUUAAAAUCCAUACUCCAGCACACAACGAUGUUCUCGAAUCACACCUUAUGCAAGAUUUCCAAAAGGGUAAGCAAAUAAGAUGUCUUCCAUCUUUACAUCAAUGUAGACUGAGGGAUAUUGAUAGACAGACUUCCGCCGAUGCUGGCCAAGUUACAGAGUCAUAUGUACAGAGUUGGAACAAGGGCACAAACAGUAUAUCAAGCAACAAUGCAAUAGUGAUAAGAGAGCUGUAUUUUGUUGAUGGCGAAAAGGUAACCGAUACUGUUUCACUUGGGGAGGACUUGAGGGAAUUUUAUGAAAGCUUUGAAUACCCUCUUUAUAUUGAAAAGAAAAUACCCAGUGACGCUGGAGUACUUAAUAUAACCAAUUAUUCUGAAAGACGGUUGAAAAGGGUAUUCAAAACUCUGCAACCCUGUGACAAUGGACAACCGCCCGAAACAGUUUACGGUAUUUCUACUGGAAUGUCAUGUAACUAUCUUAAAAUAUGUGGAGAUACUUUGCAAAACGUAAACGGAAAUUAUGUACUCCAGGGGUGUGAAAAUGUGCACAUUACGUCGCCGCUUGCAUAUAUGUGUUCAUGCUGCUCACCAGUUACAGAAAUCAAUACAAACACUUGUCAAUGUACAAAGAUGAAUCAGGCAAGCCGGCCGGGAAAAAAAUAAGAUAAAUAUGUACUGUAAGCUGAAGAUGGUCUAUUAUCUGCAUAGAAAAUAAAGUAUUUGAUGUAUUUUA